CCACAAAAGUUAAAUUGGAUUUGAAAAACGAUACAAGUGAUUCAAAUGAUAAAAAGAAAUUUAUUCUUGAAAAUGAAACUGAAGUCACUAUUUUUGUGCUCUAAUAGCAGUGAAUUUGUUCUGAAUUCUAGUGAAAAUAAAAUAGAAAAAGUGAUUCGGAUAAAAGGAAACCGUCUACUACAAUAUUCUGCUGUUUUUAGUGCGAGUCUGGUGACAUUUGGAUUUGGUUCUGCUGAAAUAUGGUCAUCACCAGCCCUUCCUCAUCUCAGAAGCAACAGCUCCGAAUUUACAAUAACACCAAGCCAAGGAUCCUGGGUAGCAUCAAUAUACAACAUAGGAACAAUUUUUGGAAUGCUGCUCUACCCAUUAUUGGUCGAUCGAAUAGGUCGAAAAUACACACUGCUGAUAUUUGCCAUGCCACAAACAAUUUCAUGGAUGAUGAUAUUUUAUGCAAAAAAUGUUAUCCACCUCUAUUCAGCAAGAAUUGUCAGUGGAAUUGGCUACGGAGGAGCAUAUCCCGUACAAAUAAUGUACAUAGGUGAAAUUGCAGAUAAAGAUAUUAGAGGAUUGUUAAUGUUCAUUUCAAGAAUAUUCUACGCCAUAGGAACUCUUUCUGCUUUAACAGCUGGAGCUUUUCUUUCAUACGACAAUAUGAAUGUGACUCUAUUGUUAUUUCCAAUUCUAUUCAUUCUCACGUUCAGCACCAUGCCAGAAUCUCCAUAUUAUUAUCUAAAACGUGAUCAGGAAGAAGAGGCUCGGAAGAAUAUGUGCAGGUUGCGUGGGUUUAAGGAUUCAGAGACAAUAGAAUUGGAACUUAAGGAAAUGAAAAUAGCAAUAAUUGAGGAGCAUAAAAAUAAGGACAAUGCUUUUCAAAUAUUAUUUCAAGAUAAACGACAACGCAAAGCCUUACUCAUAGCUACGAUUGUAUUAGCAAGCCUAUUGUUUUCCGGAACGAGAGUUAUUUCUGCAUAUAGUCAAGAUAUUCUUAGUUUUAGUGGUUUUUCCCUGGCGCCAAAAUAUUCUACUUUAUUAUUAUCAUUUCUAGUGACUCUAAUUGCUUUGCCAACUGCUCCUUUACUUGAUUUCGUUGGUAGGAGGAUAAUAGCUUUAUGCUCUGGUAUCAUAUGUACCUUAAGUUUGGUUUUAAUAGGGUUCUUCUUCUUUUUAAAAUAUUAUCUUGAAACCACUGAAAUGUCAUCAAUUUCCUGGAUUCCUUUAGCAACGUUAAUAGUGUUUGAUGUCUCAUGUAUUGGAGGAUUAUAUCCUCUAUCAGUUGUAAUUGCCGGUGAGCUUUUUUCGAGUCGAGUGAAAAGUACUGCAUUGUCUUUAUUGCACAUUGGGAAAGAACCGGUCGUGUUUGUCAUGAAAUUGAGUUUUGAUAAAUUAAUUAGUUUGCUUGGAAUUUAUAGUGUUUUUUGGAUGUACGCUUCUAUGUGUUUUUUGUUAUCUCUUGGUAGUUUUCUUAUAAUGCCUGAAACCAAGGGAAAAACUUUGGCAGAGAUUCAAAAGUUAAUGGAUUAAGAAAAAAAGUAUUCAAAUAAGUGAAUUCAGUAACUAUUGACAUGGUAAAUCUAUUUUUUAAAGAAUUAGGUUAUUUAUAAGAAGAUAUGUUACCUGACAAUUUUGACCUAAUCAUUUCGAGAUGGUUGUGUCUUUGAACAAGGAAUAGACAUAACUUUUACAAUUAUAUUCUCGGAAAGAUGAGGUAGAAGCCGAUGCAAAACAAAUUAAAUAUUUUCCUAAACAUUAUGACUUCCGAAUAAUUACAUCGAGAAGGAAAAGGAGUUUGCAAUCUGUAUGAAUUAAUAAUAAUAAUCUUACAAUUUAUUCACUUUGUUCAUAUUGAAACUGCCAUGUUUCUGCUCGCUUUGCGCGUUUUUUUUAUCACG